AUGCGUCCAGUUCCUGCAUCCGCGGGCUCUGCCGUGCGCAGCUGGACCCGACACACACUUCCUACCUCCGCAGCCCCGUCGUCCCGUCUGGCCGCGGCAGCUUCAGCUUCAGCUUCAACUCCAUCCACCCCAAGUUCGCAACAGCGGCGGCUACAGUCCGGCGAAGCUGCAAGCAGCGGCUCGAGCUUCCAAAGCCCCUUCACCACCACCAAGGCGAAGAAAUAUGACACCACCAAGAUCCCGAGCUUCAAGCACUACCAGGCCAGCACCCCGGCCAUCACGAACCGAGUCUUUCAAUACUUCAUGGUCGGCACUAUGGGCCUGCUGACCGCCGCUGGCGCAAAGGCUACUGUUCAGGACUUCCUUGUCAACAUGUCCGCGUCCGCCGACGUGCUGGCUCAAGCCAAGGUCGAAGUCGAUCUCGCUGCCAUCCCUGAAGGCAAGAACGUCCUCAUCAAAUGGCGAGGCAAGCCCGUCUUCAUCCGUCACCGGACAGAAGACGAAAUCAAGGAGGCCGAAUCUGUCGAUGUCUCAACUCUACGUGACCCGCAAUCGGACGCCGACCGCGUCAAGAAACCCGAAUGGCUAGUGAUGUUGGGCGUGUGCACGCACUUGGGAUGUGUCCCCAUCGGCGAAUCCGGUGACUAUGGUGGCUGGUUCUGCCCUUGCCACGGUUCUCACUACGACAUCUCCGGCCGUGUGCGGAGAGGUCCUGCUCCUUUGAACCUGGAGAUUCCUAAUUACGACUUCCCCGAAGACGACAAGUUGAUCAUUGGUUAA